UUCAUCGUAGCUGGCGAUACUUCCGUUCGCUUCUCUAAACCUCCAAUCAUAACCAGCUAAUAAAGCCUUAAGAGACUUCUCUAGAGCAUCAUCUGUGGCAGCUACAAUAUUGCACCCUCGUUGCAUAACACAUGACCAGAGCUCUCUUUAUUCCUGGAUAUGUGCUUCCUGUUGUUUUUGCAUUUGAUCAAGUGCCUUUUCUUGCGUUGCGUGCAUGUCAUGUUCCAUCAUAACGUGCGAAUCUAAUACUAGUGCAUCUGCUAGAAGAAAGAUGACAUCGCUGUAUCAAGCGCGUCCGUGCGUCAUUUUAUUCUGACGUCCAACAUCGACGUCUAAUAAUUCUGUGCUAGACUUUCGAUUCUGGAUACGUUCACUCACCUCCCCUAUUCUGUACUUUUAUUCUCUUUUCUUCUCCUUCGAUCCAUUCAAAGAUGAAGCCACGGCCUGUGAUAACUACUUCCGUUUUUCUCCCUCGUCGCCCAAUAACAUGUCGGUUUUCCCAAUUCCAGAAUCGCCGCGCCAUUCUUCCUUCUCUCUCAACAGCACCUUACUCUACGCUGGAAUCGCAUAAUCACUCACAUGGCACGGCUUCAAUAUCAUCUCCGCGGACGCGUUUGACGACAAUUCCAUCACGACGCCAUGCAUCCUCCUCUUCUUCCGUCCCCGCGAAAUCACCAUCACCCUCACCCUCACCCCCAAAAGUCCCCCUCCCGCAAGCCCUCGCAAAACUUAACCCACCCGAAGAUACGUACGCGCCGGAACUCACAAUCCCAAGCAAGCAACCGGGCCAAAACUCGUUCAAAUACCUCUUCCAAUGCGGGAAACUGUACAUACAGUUUUACAAAAAGGGCAUCGCAAACGUGCGCAGCACCUCCAAACUCGCAAAAUCGCUCCGCAAGAAACAGAAACAACAACAGCAGCAACAAUCAUCUCGCAUGACGAGCUCCACAGACGCCCAAGGAGGAAGAGGGAAUGACACAGGCGUGCUGACGCGCGCAGAAUGGCAAAUCACCCGCCGAAGCCGCACAGACAUGCUCCGACUCCCGCCCUUUGCGGUCCUCGUCCUCAUCCUCGGCGAGUGGAUGCCCCUCGUCGCCCUCUACCUGACCCCCAUCAUCCCCGAACCCUGCCGCAUCCCGCGCCAAGUCGAGCGCAUGCUGCGGAAAUCAGAGGAACGCCGCACCGAGCGCCUCCGCAGGAUCGGCCUGGAAGCUGCGCGCCUCGUCGCAAGAGACCGCAGACCAGGUACUCCUUCUACUUCGUCGACGCCACGCUCCCCAGACGACGUACUCCGCGCUUCCGGCGUCCGCGCGACCAACGUAGACGAUAUGGAUCUAUACACGCUGUUGAGUCUGAGCGCGCGGCUGGACUUGCACGGGUGGACGUGGGACCGGCUGUUCGUCACGCCGCCGAAAUCCUGGUUGAAGAGACUCGUGGGGAAAAGGCUCGAGUACUUGAAGACGGACGAUGCGCUGAUUGUUAGAGACGGCGGGUAUCAGGUCCUUGGGGAGCUGGAGCUGCGCCGUGCGUGCUAUGAGCGCGGCAUGAUUGUUUUGGGCGUCAAGGAGUAUCUCCUGAGGAGGGCGUUGGCCGAUUGGUUUAGGAAGUAG